AUGUCAUCCAAAGUUCAUCGAGCAAACCCACAAACACUGGACUACCACCGAACUUAUCCCAUAGCUUUGUCAAGUCUUCUCUUUGAAAUGGAGGGUGUUACAGUGUUGAUUGUUGGUGCUGGGCCAGCAGGCCUCGCAACGGUAGCAUGCCUUAGCCAAUUCUCAAUUCCUUAUGCCAUCGUCGAGCGCGAGAGCUGUAGCGCGUCACUCUGGCGCAACCGCGCGUAUGAUCGCCUCAAGCUGCAUCUCGCAAAGGAGUUCUGUGAGUUGCCACACAUGUCAUACCCUGUAGAUGCACCAACGUACAUACCAAAAACCUUGUUUGUGAAGUACUUGGAUGACUAUGUUGAGGGUUUCAACAUUCAACCAAAGUAUCUCACUAGCGUGGAGACAUCCACAUAUGAAAAUGAUGAAAAAUGUUGGUCCAUUGUGGCAAAGGACAUGUCAAAGUGCACCACAGUCAAGUUCACGGCGAAGUUUCUUGUUGUGGCAAGUGGUGAGAAUAGUGCAGAGAAUAUUCCAAUGUUCCCUGGACUGGAAAACUUUCCAGGUGAUGUUAUCCACUCCUCAAGCUACAAGUCAGGCAAGAGCUACUCUGGCAAGAAUGUAUUGGUCAUUGGAUCUGGCAACUCCGGGAUGGAAAUUGCUUAUGACCUUGCGACCCAUGGUGCCAACACAUCGAUUGUUAUACGAAGCCCGAUUCAUGUAAUGACAAAGGAAUUAAUUCGUUUGGGGAUGACACUUGCUCACCGUCUUCCAUUGAAUCUAGUGGAUAAACUCCUUGUGAUGGUAGCGUAUUUAAUAUUUGGAGACCUGUCACAGCAUGGCAUCACAAGGCCAAAAAUGGGUCCAAUGACCCUCAAAUCAGAAACAGGCCGAUCUGCAGUAAUUGAUGUUGGGACUAUUGGAUUGAUCAAAAAAGUCAUCAUCAAAGUUCAAGGGAGCAUUAGUAAGAUCAAGGGCAACAUAAUUAAAUUUCAAUGCAGUAAAAGAAUGUCAUUUGAUGCAAUUGUGUUUGCAACUAUAUACAAAAGCACGGCAAAUAUGUGGCUCAAUGUGACGCCCGGAUAA